AUGGAGAACCCUGAAAAGCAUGGCAUGACAUUCAGCAACUAUUCCAAAGAGCUGUCAGCAGCUGGUGAGCAGUAUGUGAAUGAGGAAAUAAAGGAAUCUCUACUGAGAGUGAAGGAGGUAAAGGAAAAGAUGGAGAAAGAAGAAGAAAAGCACAUCCACCUCAUGGAGGCCCUGAGGCACAGUGGAGACAAGAAAAAGGGGGCUAUGCAGCUGGCCAGGGAAACAGAGCAGAGACUCGAGGAGGCAGAGCAGCAGUGUCGAGAUUUAACCAAAUCAUUCUUUGGGGAGUGUCGGCCUUGUCUUGAGGAUUCUUGUAAAGCCUUCUUUACCUCAACAUGUCGCCGUGGCUACACUUCCUUUACUUUGAAGGUUGAAGACUUUUUUAGGAAAAUGGCCUCCCAGUUUGAGUCCACAGAGCAGAAUUCAUAUAAAACUUCCUCAGCUGAGAACCAGAUCAAGGCAGAAAAAAUUGACACGGAGCUGAAUCAAGCUGAAGCAUCAUUCACUCAGCUGCUGUCAAACAUCAGUGACUUAUACAACCACAGCUUGACUGUGGUAAAGAAGAUGCAGCAUGUGCUUGGACCCUCUGUUCUCAAAGCUUUGACCUUAGAGCUCCAGUCAAACUCUUUCUCAGCACCACAGGAUGGAUCUGGUGAUGGAUUUUUUAAGAGUUUGGGUUUGGAUCAUAUCCUUUACACAGUAUUUGCAUAUGGGAAGGAUGUGAUGGAGGAAUUCAGCUCUACGGUGGAGGAUGUAUUCGGAGAGAUCCAAGAAGCUGAUGAAUAUUUCCACCACUCAAACAGAGAAUCACCUACAUUUGGACAGCAGCCAAGUGGAUAUCUGUGCAGAGCGCUCCGCAGACAAGUGUCAGAGUGCUGGCAGCUGCAAAAACUGUGUGAGAACUGCAAAAAUGACCUGAUUAAAGAGUGUCCCCGUUUGCAGCAGCUACACUCUGAGAUGGAAGAGAUGCACACCCUGCUGAACGCCUCCCGUCUCCAGUAUGACAACAGGCUGAAGCUCGUUCACAGACACACAAUGGACACACAGAGGCUGUUUGAGGACACCAAGAAUGAAUAUACCUGGCUCAACCUGCUGGUCAACGUUUCAGGGGAUCAAAACAACUUCAGGGUCAUCGAAGUAAAUCUACAGCAACAGCUAAGGACUAACAGUCCAGGAGUUGACAGCAGUGUGGUUGUGUCCGUAUUUGAUUCAGCCCCUCUAACUGUCCAGAUCCCUGCAAAUUUGAUGCUGGAGGAUCCUGCGUUCAUUGAAUACACUGCUCAGCAGGCUCUGACCCACUAUAAGCAGCAAAUAAGAGGUACCCAUACUGUCCUGUAUAGCAUGCCAGAGAGCUGAAAUUAAAACAGUGAGAAAUCUUUUAAAAACAUUGAUAGUUUAGCUAUUUUAAUGAUAAAGUGGAUCUCUAUACUGAUUUUACUUUGAAAAUCUAUGAUAUUUUUUUUAUAUAAUC